AUGGCUAAAUGCACCAAGAAGGUCGGGAUUGCGGGGAAAUAUGGGACCCGUUCCGGUGUCUCCCUCUGGAAAACGGUGAAGACAACUGAAAUCAGCCAGCACGCCAAGUACACUUGCUCCUUCUGUGGCAAGACCAAGAUGAAGAGACGAGCUGUUGGCAUCUGGCACUGUGGUCCCUGCAUGAAAACAGUGGCCAGUGGGGCCUGGGCCUCUAAUACCACUUCUGCCAUCACAGUGAAAUCGGCCAUCAGAAGACUCAAGGAACUGAAAGACCAGUAG